AAAAAAAUAAAACAACAAAUUACAAAUACAAUCUACAAAUCAAACCUUUAAUUUAAACUCAACAAAAAAAUUUAAACAUGCAAUUCUCAAAAGUCAGCUUUUUCUUAUUCCUAUUUACCAUCAUUACAAUCGUUAACGCUAUACCAAGUAACGAUUUACAAAAACGUAUCUCAUGCAGUUUUGGCGAUGCUGGUUGCAAGGCCUCAUGUUUCAGCAAAAAUGGUUGCUGCUGUAAUACUUGUAAUGGAAGUUCUUGCAAAGAUAUUUGUGAUUGCAGUUGUAGUUGCUUUAAAAAAUAACAAAUUAAAUGUUGUUCAAUUUUUAUUUUAUUAUUUUUAUUCACAUCUUUACAAUUUCGAUAUGUUUAUUUAAUUCAUUUGUUUGUCUUUACUUUUUUGUAUUAGUUUUUAUUUUUUUUCUUUCAUAGAAAUAGAAAUAAUGCAAUGACGCAAUUCGCGUGAUUCCUCUGAAAUGUGUAAUUUAUAAGUCCAAUAUGUCAUGCUAAAAAUAAAAUGUUAAUAAAUCUAAAUUUUUGAAAUUCUA